AUAAUCAUUUCGAAUAAUUAAAAAAUAUAAUAGUGAUCAUCUGCAACUUGCAAGCUGAAUAAUUAUCACAGAGAAAUGGGGGUCCGAGAAACCGACCCGCUUUCACAACUGAGUUUGCCUCCCGGGUUUCGGUUCUACCCGACUGAUGAGGAGCUUCUGGUGCAGUACCUCUGCAGAAAAGUCGCCGGCCACCAUUUCUCCUUGCCGAUCAUCGGAGAUAUUGAUCUCUACAAAUUCGAUCCCUGGGAUCUCCCCAGCAAAGCUAUAUUUGGGGAAAAGGAAUGGUAUUUCUUCAGCCCGAGGGAUAGAAAGUACCCGAACGGAUCUCGGCCGAACAGAGUCGCCGGAUCUGGAUACUGGAAAGCCACCGGAACUGAUAAAAUCAUCACGACGGAGGGGAGAAAAGUCGGCAUUAAAAAAGCCCUAGUUUUCUACAUCGGUAAAGCACCUAAAGGAACCAAAACCAAUUGGAUUAUGCACGAAUACAGACUCUUCGAACCUUCCAGAAAACAUGGCAGCGCCAAACUGGAUGAAUGGGUGCUUUGCCGGAUUUACAAGAAGAAUUCGAGCGCACAAAAAUCCGCAAUUACCGGUGUUCAAAGCAGAGAGUACAGCAUCGGAUCUUCGUCGUCGUCUUCGUCGCAAUACGACGACGUUAUGGAUUCGUUGCCGGAGAUUAACGACCGUUUCUUCUCUUUGCCGAGAAUGGAUUCUCUGAAGAAUUUUCAGCAAGAGGAGCAGAAGCUGAAUCUCGCGCAUUUGGGUUCUGGGAAUUUCGAUUGGGCCACGCUAGCCGGGCUUAACCCGCUGCCCGAACCCGGUCCAGAUCCGGUCCAGCAGCCACCGGUCUACAAUAACUUGAAUUGUCAAAAUGACAUAUUUGCCCCUUCUCUGCAGCACAUUGGUAUUAUUGGCGGCAGUGAGGUGGUGGACGAAGAAGUCCAGAGUGGGGCCAGGGCCCAGCGGGUGGGCCAACCCGGAUUCUACCCGCAGAAUGCGGGCAUGUUCGGGCAGGAAUACUCGAACUCGAUUGACCCGUUUGUUGCUCGGUACCAGACCCAGGCUGGUGGGUUGGGGUUUAGGCAGUGAAUAGCUGAGUAGAUGAUUAGGAGGGCAGAUGAUUGGUUGGGGCGAUUGUGUAAAUAGAUGGAAUUCUUUGGGCCAAAAAUACAGUAGGCAGAGAGUAUUUGUUAUGUAGAUUAUGAUUUGUGAGAGAAUUAGUAGUCCCAACCGGAGAGAUGAUGAUGAAAUUUUGGAAAGCACGUGAAAAAAAAGAAAGGAUAAAGCAUAGGAAUUAGAUUGUGUACUUUAAUUUACAAUUAUAGUAGAUGAUUAGUAUUUGCCUUCAAAAUUUAAUAAUAUUAUUGUUAUAAAGUUUUAUAAUUAUUUUUUGUUCA